AUGUGGUCUGCUGAGAAUCCCGAUGCGGCUGAAUCGGCCAAGCAGGCUGAUGAGAAGAAGCUGCUGCGCAAGUUGGAUGGACACAUCAUUCCUCUGGUGAUGGCGUUAUAUCUCUUUUCAUUUCUUGAUCGCGUCAACAUUGGCAACGCCCGUCUCUACGGACUAGAAGAGGAUCUAGGACUAUCCCCGUCCCAGUUUCAGGUAUCGGUGUCGAUCCUGUUCGUGACGUACCUGACGUUCGAGGUGCCGUCGAACCUGGUGCUCAAGCUGCUCACCCCGCGACGGUGGAUCGCCUUCAUCGCGGUCUCGUGGGGCGUCAUCGCGACCUUGACGGGGCUGGUCGAGUCGUACGGGGGGCUGCUGGCGGCCCGCCUGUGCCUGGGCGUCGUCGAGGCCGGCCUCUUCCCCGGCCUGAACGUCUACCUCACGCUCUUCUACACCAGGCACGAGCUCGCCCUGCGCGUCGGCUACCUCUUCGUCAGCGCCGCCGUGGCCGGCGGGCUCGGAGGCCUGCUGGCCUACGGUAUAGGGCACAUGGACGGCGUCAGCGGCAUGGAGGGCUGGCGGUGGAUCCUCAUCAUCGAAGGCCUGCCGUCCGUCCUGCUCGGCGUCGUCUCCUACUUUGCCCUGCCCAACGAUGCGCAGUCGGCCUACUUCCUCGACGAGAAGGACAGGACCCUCGUCGAGGCCAGGAGGACGAGGGAGUACGCCGUCACCGACGAGAUGUCCUCCAAGGAUGUCGGGAGGGCCUUUGGCGAUUGGAAGGUCUGGGCUUUCAGUCUGGCUCAGUUUGGUGUCGAUACCAUGCUCUAUGGCUUCUCGACAUUCCUACCAACCAUCAUCGAUGGCUUGGGCGACUGGUCCACCGCGGAAGUUCAGCUUCUCACCAUACCCUGCUACUUCCUCGGAGCGGCCGCCUACAUGGCCACGGCUUUCCUGUCGGAUCGUACGCAGCAGCGCGGCCUGUUCUGCGUCCUGUUCGGCGCCAUCAGCGUCGUCGGGUACGGGAUACUCCUUGCUGACGUGUCUAGCGGGGUGCACUACUUUGCCUGUUUCCUCGUUUCUGGUGGUCUAUAUGUCGUCGUCGGACUGCCGUUGGCAUGGCUGCCCACAAACUCUCCCCGAUACGGAAAGCGUACCACGGCCACCGGAUUGCAACUCACUCUGGGAAACGCGUCGGGCGUCAUGUCGGCUUUUAUAUACCCAGCUUCUGAUGCCCCCCGCUACAUCCGCGGCCACGCCGUCACCCUCAGCAUGGUGGGCUUCGGCUCCGUCGUCUACGCGUACAUGUGGUGCUGGUACCGACGGGAAAACGCCAAGAGGGAAGAGGGCACGUCGUCGGCCGUCGAAAAGUAUAGGGAUCUCACCGAGGCUGAGCUCGUCGAGCUGGGUGACGAUAGUCCGCGGUACCGGUACACGGUCUGA